AUGAGACUCAAGGUGGCGAUUGUCCAAAUAAACUCCAAAUUGGGCCAGUCUCAACACAACAUUACCAAGAUCAACAAUCUACUAUCAAAAGCAUUUCCAACCCACAAUGGUAAAAAUCCAGACUUGGUUGUGCUUUCAGAGUUGGCCAUAACUGGAUAUAACUUUGCCCUGGCGAAGCAUAUUGAGCCAUUUUUGGAAUCUUGUAAACCGCCAUAUGGUGCAUCGCUUGGGUUUGCGCGUGAGUUGAGUUUGAAGUAUGGGUGUUUUACUGUUGUUGGGUACCCUGAAAGAGGCAAUGCAGAAGCAGCAGAAGCAGCAGAAGCAGCAGCAGCAGCAGCGACAUCAAACGGGUUUGAACAUACAUCGGCAAAUGAAGGAUCAAGGCUAAAACAAGGGCAAGAAGAGGUGAUCUACAAUUCGUGUGCUGUAUUCAAUCGAUCUGGUGAGUUGAUCCACAAUUACCGAAAGACAUUUUUGUACGAAACCGAUGAACAAUGGGGAUGUUUGGAAAACCCUCACAAGGGGUUCCCUCCAGUGCAACUACUGUUUAAUAAGAAGGAGAUGAGUACCACAAGUGUAUCCAAUGAUGAUGGUACUAACUCGAUAUUGACAAACUUUGGGAUAUGUAUGGAUCUAAACCCAUACAAGUUUGAAGCCCCAUUCAAUAAAUUUGAAUUUAGUGCACAAUGCUACCACAACAAGUCAAGAUUGAUCAUAUGUCCCAUGGCAUGGCUAUCGCAACAAUCUCCAUCAAUCAAGAAUGAUUUGACGAAGGAGGAGAAAUUGCGUCAAGCUGAGUUGGUUGAGCUACCAGCCAACAAACCAAAUAUGGAGACUAUAAACUAUUGGAUCUUGAGGUUUUUCCCAUUUUUGGCGCACAAGUAUAGUUAUAUGCCCAAAUGGUGGUCUAAUGACGAGAAAGUGAGUGUGUUGAUUAGUAAUCGAGUGGGGAGAGAAGAGGACGUAAUCUAUGGCGGUAGUUCAUGCAUUUUGCAAUUCAAUAACGGUACUAAGAAGGACAACGGUGAUUAUGAUGCUGUAGAUGAGAUCAAUCCGAGUGUUGAAGUGAUUGGUAAACUUUCUCAAGCUGAGGAAGGAGUGUUGGUGGAGGAGAUUGAAGUGUAG